AUGUAUAAAUCUGAACGACAUAAAGAUAUCACUCAUUCAAAUAGGACCAAAAGAAAUGAACAAAAAAAUUCUGAUAUUUUGAAUAAAGUAUCCAAUGAAAAAUGUCUUGAAAACAAUACUAAUGAAUCGUUAUGUAACAAAAUGGAUAAUUGUAUAAACAAACAAAAUAAUAUAAACAGACAAAAUGAUAUAAACAGACAAAAUGAUAUAAAUAGCCAAAAUAGUGUAGGUAGCCAAAAUAAUAGAAAUCACAAAAAGUGUGUUAAUAAAAGUAGGCAAAAAUAUAAUAAGAUAGAGAGAAAAAAAAAAAAAAAUGCGAGUAGUUUAUUGGGAGAUAAUUGUGUGCAAGAAACAGAGGAUACUCACCAUGAAAAAAGUUUAAAUGACGAUUGUUUAAAUAUGGAACAGAAUAAAGAAAUUGUAAAUGAUCAUUUGAAGGAAAUCGAAAAAAAAAAUAGCGAUAAUGAAAUAAAAGCAGAUAUAAAUGAUGAAAAGUUACAGUUGGAAAGGGAUUAUGUUAUAGAAGCUGCUGAUCAAAAUAAAGAUGCCUUAACAUUGUGUGUUUGUGUAGAGGACGAUAGAAAGAAGUAUGUGACAAAAGAGAAAGUAAAUGAAAAGGAUAUGAAAGGUGAUAAUAAUGAAAAGGAUAUGGAAUAUGAUAAUAAUAAAAAGGAUAUGGAAUAUGAUCAAGAUGAAAAAGAUAUGGAAUAUGAUCAAGAUGUUAAAGAUAUUGAAGGUGAUAAUAAUAAAAAGGAUAUGGAAGAUGAUAAAAAUGAAAAGGAUAUGGAAAAUGAUAAUAAUAAAAAGGAUAUGGAAGGUGAUCAAGAUAAAAAAGAUAUGGAAGGUGAUCAAGAUAAAAAAGAUAUGGAAGGUGAUAAUAAUAAAAAGGAUAUGGAAGGUGAUAAAAAUGAAAAGGAUAUGGAAGGUGAUAAUAAUAAAAAGGAUAUGGAAGGUGAUAAAAAUGAAAAGGAUAUGGAAGGUGAUAAUAAUAAAAAGGAUAUGGAAGGUGAUAAAAAUGAAAAGGAUAUGGAAGGUGAUAAUAAUAAAAAGGAUAUGGAAGGUGAUAAUAAUAAAAAGGAUAUGGAAGGUGAUAAAGAUGCAAAAGAUAUAAUAUGUGAUAAUAAUAUUACACUUAAGAAUAAGAUUCCUAUUAAUAAUUUGAAUGAUAAUAAUAUAGUGUGUAAUUAUAAGCAUAGAGAUACGAUAGAAGAAGCUGAUAAUAAUUAUGUUGUAGAAAAUAUUACACAAGUGAAUAAUAUUGAUGAAAUAAAAUUAAAAAGAAAAAGAAAAAGAAAAAAUAAUUUUUCUGAAUAUAUACAAGAAGAACGAGAAGAUAAUUUUAUAAAAGAUAAAAAUUAUAAUGCAUUGAAAACCCUUAAGGAUAGUAAAAGAAUCCUUCUUAAUUGUAAUAAAUAUAUAGAGGAUAAUAAUAUGUAUAAAAUAGAAGAUAAUGUCCAGAAUAAUAAUGUGUGUGGAAAUUUAUUAUGUGAAGAAAAAUGUAAUAAUUAUAGACAAAUAGAUAAAAAUGAAAAAUAUGAAAAAAAUGAAAAAAAUGAUAAAUAUGACAAAUACGAAAAAUAUGACAAAUAUGAAAACUAUGACAAAUACGAAAAAUAUGACAAAUACGAAAAAUAUGACAAAUACGAAAACUAUGACAAAUACGAAAAAUAUGACAAAUACGAAAAAUAUGACAAAUACGAAAAAUAUGACAAAUACGAAAAAUAUGACAAAUACGAAAAAAAUGAUGAUAGUAGAAAGGAUAAUAUUGAUAUAUGUAACAAAAUAAAUUUACCAAGAGUUUAUGAUAAUAUUAUCCAGAGUGAUAGUAACAAUUUAAAUAAAUAUAAAGGUUCUUCUUUUGCAUUAAUUAUACAUGAGAUAUCCGAUUUGCUAUCAUUAAUAACUACUGUAGAUAAAAGUAAAAAUAAAAAUAAAAUAAAGCUAGUUAAUAUUGGACAUAAACUUAAUACUCUUAUGAGAUCACAUUAUGAACGUAUUUAUGAUUGUGACAAUUCGCUUGUUUCCAUUAUAAAUAAAAUAAAAAAAUUAUAUAAAUGUUAUAGAAGUAUGGAGGAGAAAUAUUUAAAAAAAACAAAAAAACAAAAUAUAAAUAUAAAUAUAAAUACAAAUACAAAUACAAAUACAAAUACAAAUAAGAUAGAAAAAGAGAACGUUGCAGGUAAUAAUGAUGAGGAAGACCCUAAUGAUGGUAUUAAUAUAUUACAUGAUGAUUUAUUAAAGGAAGAAAUAAAUAAUAUAGAUAAUAAUAUUAAAAAUGAUAUAAAUAAAUAUACAAUAAAAUGUAACAAUAAUAAUGAAAAAUUAAUUCAAGAUCCUUUUUUUCAAAAUGAGUUUGUACAAGGAAUAGAUAAUUACAUAAAUCAAAAGGAUGAAAACAAUUGUCAUGACAAUAUAAAAGAUAAAAUAGAUACACUCAAUUGUUAUAUAAAUGAAAAAUUAAAUAUGGAUUGUCAGAAUAUUUUUAUUCAAAAAGGAGAUUAUAAAAAGGUUUUAAAUCAGAUGGGUGAGAAGGCAAUCUAUGAGGGAAAUGAAAAAGAUAAUCACAAGGGAAAUAAUACAAUGGAACAUAUAAAAAUAAAUGAUGAUAAUAAAACAAUGGAACAUAUAAAAAUAAAUGAUGAGAAUAAAACAAUGGAACAUAUAAAAAUAAAUGAUGAAAAUAAUACAAUGGAACAUAUAAAAAUAAAUGAUGAAAAUAAUACAAUGGAACAUAUAAAAAUAAAUGAUGAGAAUAAAACAAUGGAACAUAUAAAAAUAAAUGAUGAGAAUAAAACAAUGGAACAUAUAAAUAUAAAUGAUGAAAAUAAUACAAUGGAACAUAUAAAAAUAAAUGAUGAGAAUAAAACAAUGGAACAUAUAAAUAUAAAUGAUGAAAAUAAUACAAUGGAACAUAUAAAAAUAAAUGAUGAAAAUAAUACAAUGGAACAUAUAAACAAAAGUAUUAUUAAAAAUAUUGGAAGUAUGGAAUCUAAAUCCACAGCUGUCACUUAUAAAGAAUGUGAGUUAUCAUUAAAAGAAGAAAAGGAAGAAUAUAUUGAGUAUUUAAAAAAAAAGAAAAAAAUUCUUAAAGAAUUAGACAAAUGCAAUUCUCAUUUUUUUUUUACAUAUUUUCAUAAAGGCGAACUUAUUGAAUAUCUGCAUAACCAAAUCAAUAUGCACAUUGUAGAAUUUGAUAAAAUAUACCAACUGUAUAUAUCACAUUGA